GAAACGGACAGAGUCUGAAGCCGAACCGAACCUCCAGAGGAAAAAAAGAAAAUUGCUACGAAGAAAGCUCACGAAGCACCGGAGGACUAUCCACGCUUGUUUGAUCUUGUAAGAUAUCGAUUAGUUGAGAGUGUGAUUCUCUGCCUUUAAUUGUUCCUCAUCGUCUCUCUCUUCCUCCAGGUACUCAAAAACCCUCUUCUUAAUCUUUUCAACGUGGAAACUAGAACUUGGUGAAAGGUUGUAGAUCAGGAAGUAAUAAACAAAGUUAAUAAGCCAAUGAGCGACAGAAUCAGCAAUCUUCCUGAUCGUGUACUGCACCACACACUCUUUUCUACCCAUCAAAUCCAUUGCCCAAACUAGUCUGUUAUCUAAGAGAUGGAAUUCUAUAUGGGGUUCCAUUCCUAUCCUCGACUUCUCCACCGUUCCUCUUCCAAACCUCGAUCCUGAAAAUCAAAGUAAAGCACUGGCAUCCAUCAUAACUUCUGUAUUGAGCCGCCACCGUGAAGACUCUAAUGUAAAGGUUUUUCGGGUCAUUUCUCGUCUAGGGUUUUGUCAUAUGAGUUCUUCUUGUUUGCAUGAUUGUGUGAGUUGGCUAGUGAAUCAAAAAGUUGAAGAACUAGUACUCAAAGUUGGGUCAAGUGGUGGAUUUGAUUUGCCUCUUUGUGUAUUUCAAUGUGAUUCAUUGAGAUGUCUAAAGUUGGAUGCUCACAUUUCAUGGUUUGUAUCUCCAUCAUUUUUGUCGGGAGCUACCAAUGGUCUCGGUUCACUUCACACCUUGUCUCUAGCUCAUGUGGAUUUCUUGUUUAAUUGUUUGUGUAAGGAUUUGUUUACUGGUUCUUCAUUCCCUUGUCUCGAGAGUUUGACCAUUCAGAGUUGUAAUGGAAUGACUCAUCUGAAAAUUAGCUGUCCCAACCUGAAAGUUGUGCACGUGAAUUCGAUGAAUAUAAACAGACUGGACAUCUCCGGAAUGAGACUGGAAAGUUUGCGAGUCUCGUUUUCUUUCUUCAGGUGUGACAGUGAAAGCUGGGUCAGCGUUUUCGCUCCAAAUCUGAAAACUUUCUCUUGGUUGGCUAAUUGCAUUACUGAGAAAUGUUUGAUCCACGGCUUUCCUGCCCUGAAAACAUCUCACAUAAACUGUCGGUGUCCAGACGAUCUUAGCGUGGCGAAGAUUCAUAGUGCAGUAAAUCUUGUUUGGGCAUCAUCCCAAGUUCAAAGCCUAGUCAUAUCCCGCGACUUUCUCCGGGUUUUAUCAAAAAUCUAUCUUGAAGGUGGUGGUCUACUACAUCCAUUUGUUCAGCUUCAGACCUUGAAAAUUCAGACUACUAGUCUGAACAGACAUGAUAUUCCAGGUAUAGCUUGUCUAUUCAAGAUCUCUCCAACUGUCCAGACCAUCAUAAUUGAGAUACUUGGUGACAGAGCAAGAGAUAAUGUUCAGAAAUGGUUCGAUGAUUCGUUGGACAAGACUUAUUGCACGGAAGUGCAAUACUGGGAAAGUCAAGCUCAGGCUAUAAGUGACUUCCUAUAUCACCUGAAGGUAGCAAUGAUUCACGUCAAGGGAUCCACGAUCCAUCAGUGUGUGGUUACUCUCGCCAGGUUUUUGCUUGAACAUGGGAAAGGCUUGCAAGAAAUGGUUCUAAGUUCCCAGCAGCUCAACUCCGACAAUCUCUCUCUUUGGGAGAAUCAAAUAAGGUUACUAGAUGGAUUCCCUAGGGCAUCUGCUGAUGUCAGACUUGCAGUUGCUUAAACCACUUCGUGAUCUCUUGGACUCUUGGAUUGUAGAUAACAUUUUCGAAAACAGCUACAUAUGGUUGAUGUGUUAAUAUAAAUUUAUAAUCAGCUGUAUAGUGAUUGUGUCAUUUGUUUUAUCUAAAUGUGAGAGCCACAUGGUUCCGCCGAAAGCGAUCGAGUUCUUGCAGCAAUGCCUAUUUCUGUCAUCUCAGUUUACAGCAUCUACAGUUCUACACACAUAAAAGGGUGCCAGCAUUUUCAUUUUCUCAGCAGUAUAUUGGUUUUUUUUUUCAUCGAGUUUACUCUGAAUGUGAGAGUUGCAUGAUAUUAAACUAUUAAUGAUACACAAAUCUCUUAUCAAUUUAAGGUUUCCCGUCCCCGCCUUUCUGUUGCUCCUGGAGUGUAUUUGAGGAGCUACAACUACAAAGAUUCACUGUGAAAACAGGAAGGUCCAAAAAAGAAAAGAAAAAAAGGGAGACGUAAUGAUUUCACAAGAGGAUGAAAUCCACACUC